UCCGUCCUGUGCUACUGGAGAGGAAAAACUGUGGAAAUGCAGACAUACAGCAUGCGUCUGUCCUGAACUGAAGUUGACUAUGGCGCUUUGCCUGUGGCUUAUUAUGGUGGUCCCUGUAUGCUGCUGGGGACAGGGGCCAGUGGACACAGGGGACAGUGGUGUUUUCCAGCCCCAGAGUGCCCUCAGUGACAUGGAGUUUGCCAGUGUGAGCUCGUACCGUGGCCCUGGAAACACUGACCCUCGCACCAAUAAUAAGCUGCCCAUCCUUCUGUGGUGGAGCUCCAAUCUUUUCCCGCACUUCCCAGGAGACACAGAGCGUGUGGACUGCGCCCGCUCGUCCUGCCUAGUCACAAGCAACCGCAAAGUUCAGCUGUAUCGCCGCACGGCGUCCAUUAUUUUCUACGGAACAGACUUCCGGGCGUAUGAGGCUCCGCUGCCACGUUUGGCCCAUCAAACCUGGGCGCUUUUCCACGAAGAGUCGCCCAUGAAUAACUACCUUUUGUCUCACAGUGUUGGAAUCAGGCUGUUUAACUACACAGCCACGUUCAGGAGGGAGUCGGACUAUCCGCUAACGCUGCAGUGGUUGCCCUCUCUGGAUUAUCUUCUGAAAGCACCGGCAGUCCCUCUGCAGGAGAAGAAUCGCUGGAGACGGGCCGGUCUGGCCCCUGUGCUCUACAUACAGUCCCACUGUGAUGUGCCUUCAGACCGCGAUCGCUACGUUCAAGAGCUGAUGAAGUAUAUAGAGAUUGACUCGUAUGGGAAGUGCCUUAAUAACAAACCUCUGCCUGACUAUCUGGAGGACACCAGCACAGCCACUGGUGAAGACAGACGCUUCAUGAGUUUCGUCGGCCGUUAUAAGUUCCAGCUGGCCCUGGAGAACGGCCUGUGUCCCGACUACAUGACGGAGAAGCUGUGGCGGCCCAUGCACCAGGGCUGUGUGCCCAUUUACAGGGGCUCAUCAUCGGUGGCCGACUGGCUGCCAAACAGUCAUUCCGCUAUCCUCAUUGACGAGUUUCACUCUCCACGGGAUCUGGCGGAGUUCAUAAAGACUCUGGAUCAAGAUGACGUGAAGUACUCGCGCUAUCUGGAGUACAAAACGCCCAGCAAGAUCACGAACCUGCGUCUGCUGGAGGGACUGGAGAACAGAGAGUGGGGUGUCAAUGACAUGAGUAAACCAAACUACCUGAACGGGUUUGAGUGCUUUGUCUGCGACCGAGAGAACGAACGUCUGGCGGCAGUGGAAGCGCACAGGAAGAACCCAAAACAGAACCCUCUGCCUCAACCAAAAAUGGCCAACAGCUCACACAUGGGCUGCCCGCUGCCCAGUCCUGGAGACGGACCUGUGGAAAGUAUUGACCCAAAUGAUGGCUGGCUCCAGAUGUGGCCACAGGACUACUGGCAGAGUCUGGAUCAAGCUGAGGGUUUGGAGUCGCUCGUGAGACACAAUGUGUCAGAUCCGUCCUUAUUGUGGCAGCAUAUACAGAGCAUCGCAGUGAGGAGAGCCAGAGGCCGAUGAGAUGAUCUCAGGACUCACCAUCCACCUGAGGGGACGUCACAGUAUUAUACAUUCAUAAUGAAUGUUCUUGAGCUGCAUGUUAUUCUGGAGGCUUCGGCGGAUGUUGAACGUUCACAGCUCACAAUCACUCAGGCUUGCUUGCACCAUCACAGAAGAUAUCAUGGACGGAUAUCACUGCAGUUAUGGAGGACAAAGUUUCUUUGCAUGAUGGUCUUGAAGAGUGACUCUCAUGAAAACACGUCAAGGUCAAAUGUCACUACAAAAAUCAGAAGGAAAAAAUACUGCAUAAAGUAAAGCAGCCCCCUCUUUUGGACCAUUAAGAUUUUGGAUAGUAAUGUUAUUUUCAU